AUGGGUACUGUGUGUAAGACUAUUCACAAAACUCAAAUAGUGGAGACAGAUGGUUUUGUGCUCGAAUAACCUAUUGAAACUAAACCUUUUGAAAUUAAAAGUAAUCUACCAGAAGUACAAGAAAUGUGUGCAACUAAAAUCUAAGCAUUAUAUCGAGGCCAUUCUGUACGAAAACAAGUAAUAUGUUAAAGAUUAUAUGAAAGAAUAAAGAAGUUGAAGAAUCUUUCCCUCCUUUAUAAGAUGUAGCCCUUCCAAUUGAGUAAGUUCCUGAGAUAUAUCAUCAUGCUGUUUCAAAAGUACUUUUGCAAUUAGGUCCUUUUGAUUACUCUAAAUGUUCUACUAUGGUUGGAGCCAAAACACUUCCCCCUUAUUAAUUUCUAGACAAAGGAGGGAUCUAUAUAGGUUAAUGGAAAAAUCAUCAAAGAAAUGGCAAAGGUAAAUACAUUUUUCCUGAUGGUUCACUUUAUGAAGGGUAUUGGGUUGAUGAUAAAGCAAAUGGAUAUGGUAGACUUAUCGUUAAUAGUGGAGAUUAUUAUGAAGGAGAAUGGAAAAAUGAUAAGAAUGAUGGAUACGGAGUUUAUGUUCAUUUUGAUAAAUCUAGAUAUGAAGGAUUUUGGAAGGAUGAUAACAGACAUGGAUAAGGAACUGAAACAUGGGCAGAUAAUUCUGCUGUUUACGAUGGUAGUUUUUAUAUGGGAGUCAAAGAAGGAUAUGGAAUUUAUAAAUGGGCUGAUGGAUCAAAUUAUGCAGGAGGAUUUAGAAAUAAUCAAUUUUAAGGAUAAGGAGUUUAUAUAUGGCCAGAUGGUAGCAAAUAUGAAGGAUAUUGGUAGAAUAACAAAAUGAAUGGCUAAGGUGAGAUGAUCUGGAUAGAUGGCAGAAAAUAUAUAGGUAUUUUUUCUAUUUCAUUAGGGGAGUUAUAAGGACAACAAAAAGGAUGGUUAUGGGGAAUUCUAUUGGUCUGAUGGUAGAAUUUAUAAAGGUUAAUGGUAAAAUGGGUUGUAACAUGGAGAAGGAAUCUACAUAGAUAAAAAUGGUAAAGAAAUUUCAGGAGAGUGGUUUGAAGGGCAAAGGAGAUGAUUUAUUUUGUAUUACUUAAUCAAGUUUAACAUAUACUAAUUAAAUAUAUAAAUGA